CGGCUUGUUCCUUUCAGCGUUUUUGCCUUUGUCCUCAGCUUCUCUUUUCUCUGAGCACCUUCAGUGUGUGUUGUCCCUCGGUGGUCGAGAAAAUGACGACGGCUCUCGCGCGCCUCCUCGUCAUCUGCUUCUUCGGUAGACACAAAAACACAGAAACCAAAGACCAGUCUAUGCGACCCUGUCCUUCUUCAUGCAGCCGCCGCGUGCAGUACAGGGUGGUCGAAGCGCUUCGGCGAGACCAAACAGAGUGAGAAGGAUGGCCCUGUUCUCAUGCCCACUGCACACUUGUAUUCUGUAUGCAGGCGUCAAGGUCUUCGCUUCAGGCGGCGUCAAGGUGCUCCCCUCACCAAACAGUACUGACAGUGGUACCGAUGCGGCAACUUCCCGUCGACAACUUGAAGGUGCUAAAGCGACGAUCAGAUCACCUGCCCACACGAACACCUCUGUGUGUGUGUGUGUGUGUGUGUGACAGUGCCGGAGAGAUACAGCGGGGCAUCGGACGAGAAGGACUUCUUCGCGGAGCUCAAUCAGCGCCAGCUGUUCGAUGCGGACGACUUUCGGUUUGAGUUCGACGAGGCCGAGGUGGAGUCGGCAAACGGCGACCUACGCCCGAGGAUGAUCGACACCGAUCCUGUUCUUGCCGUCCUGCCCAGUGAGGGCGUCGCUCAGAACCUGGUAUGUAUGCAUAAUGUAUCCCACUACCAAAGGGCGAGUGGAAGCUGUGCUGAAGGAUGUGGUCUCGUGUGUUGUCUCUGUUGUUGUUUGACUGACAGGUGACUUUGGGGCCUUGUGCUGUGAAUCAGCCGCACGUCCACCCGCGUGGCAUCCAGGCUUCCUUCGUCCUCAAGGGCCCGAUAUUCUUCGGCUUCCUCGAGGAGAACGGCGGACGUUUCAUUUCGGCUGACAUAGAGGAGAACCAGAGCAUCGUCAUCCCCCAAGGAUUGAUCCACUUUGCCCAAAACCGAGGCUGCGACACUGUGCAAUUUCUCGCCAACUUUGACAACCGCGACCCGGGCGUCCUGACGAUCGCCUCCAACUUCUUCACUCUUCCUAUAGACACACUACGUGGAACCCUCGAAGGGCUAGACGACGAGACGAUCAGUCGGGUGGCCCAGAUAGCUAAGAAUGCUGCCAAUCCCUCGAGGGACCCCGCGUGUGCCCACGCGUGUGGAUUGGCUUGAGGGAGGGAGGGAGUGUGGCAUGCAUGGCGUAGUAUGUGGGUGCCGCGUGG